AUGGUGCUAGCCAACUCAGUCCGUCCAAAGGGAAAUGCCGCCUUUAAAGCUGGUGAUUACGCUGGGGCUGUGGGCCACUACAGCGGUGCAAUUCUCGUUGACCGGCAGGAUCCCACCUUACCGCUCAAUCGAGCAGCCGCUUAUCUCAAACUCGGCAAGCAUGAAGAUGCUGAGAGAGAUAGUGGGACUGUUUUAUCCCUGACAAACGACAAAAACGUUAAGGCUUGGUUCCGUAGAGCUCAAGCUCGAAGCGGGUUGGGCAAAUAUUCCGAGGCUCGCGCAGACCUCAAUAAGGCGCUGAAACUCGAGCCUUCAAAUGCUGCGGUGCGCGAGGAACUCGCUAAGCUAGACCGGUUGGCAUCAUCGAAGCCGAAGAAAACUAGUGCUAUUCUUCCCACUUCGUCACUCUCUUAUGGUGCAAAAUCCAUGCGUUUUACUCAUGUAUCCCAAAAGGCGCCAAAGCGGGUCCGCUUACCAAUAGAAAUCGUUGAUUCCAAGACCCCUUCUAGUUCAUCGUCGGCAGCAAAAAUGUCUGUGCAACCGCUGGCUCCUGCUGCAAAUGCUCCGAAAGUCCGUAUAAACAAUGACUUGUUGGAAGAAUCUUCAUCUAGAAGCCUGAAGUUUGGAGCGAACAACCCCAAGACAGCUCCCGACACUGAUGCCACUUCCGCGGCUAAACCUGCACCACCGCUACAAGUGGAACACAAACUUAGCGUCAAGGGUGGUAUAUUCCGCGCUUCCAACAGCACUCCACAACCUGUAGCAUCGUCGCCCAAGAUCAUGGAGACUAACGAUGCCGACGACGGAGAAGGAAUUGGUCGCGAUGGGCCAGCUUCUGUCUCUUCGACGUCGAAAUCUAUUCCCACUGCUGGUGGCGGUACUUUAAAACGACUGCCGCCUUCCUCCUUUUAUGACUUCACCAAAGAAUGGAAUUCCUCAUCCUCCAGUCUAGACAAGUGGCUGGUCUUCACUAGCAUUCCGCCCUCUUCCCUGAAAACGCUCUUCGGGACUUCUCUGACGCCAACGAUCUUGAUGUCCCUGAUCGACUGCGUACACAGUCUAAUAUCUACCGCCACGUCCUCAAAACUUAGAUCUUCUCUUCGUACCUACCUCACUGCUUUGCCUACUAUCGAGCGGUUUUCAUUCCUCACAAUGUUUUUGAGUCCGCUGGAGAAGGAGAGAAUUAAAUCACUGUUGGAAAUUGUUGGAUUAAAUGUAACGAAGAGCGGGUGGGGUUUGUGA